AUGGCUAGCAACUUAGAUCGCCCGUUUAACUGUGACCAGUGCUCGAAGUUGUUUACUCGGAGUGAGAAUCUACAGCGGCAUAAGCGUGCACGUCAUGGCGGUGUUUCGCUCAAGAACUUCCAAUGUGCUGGGUGUCAGGCACGAUUCUCCAGGAGAGACGUAUACAAACGACACAAUGGCCGUUGUCGCGCAUUGUUAUCUCCGAAUCAAACAUCCCAGCUGGAGCCGUGGGAACCUACCCCGCAGGCAGAUGUUGAUAUAACGCCGUCGCUAGUCACGGAUCAGAGCUCGAUGGAUCCGGUUAUGAUCACCGAGGCCUUUUCCUAUGCCACUGGAUUACCUCAAUACUCAUCUCCAUCAUCGGUCGACGAUGAAGAAAGACACAUCAAGGCCUACUUUGAGCAUUCCCACCCCUCCUUUCCUCUGCUACAUCGGCCCACGUUUGCCGUGUCUUCGACGCCUAAGUUGCUGGUAAAAGCCACGGCUGUCAUUGGCAGUUUGUUUUCAAGUCAAUCAGAAGCUCACGCGCACUGGCGUCAAGAGAUGUGGGAAAGUGGUCAAAAUGAGCUUCGGCAUAUGGUAGCUUCCUAUGAUUUGAGUGAGGUUCGUCAGCCCUGGGUCCUACAAGCGUGGCUUCUACACAUAAUUUAUGGCGCAUACGCAAGCGACACAGCCCAAUUCAAAACAGCGAAACAGAUGCUGCGGCAACUCGCUGUACGUGAAAUUGGUUUAUCGCAGCAGGAAAUCGCCAUGCCAGAUUCUCAGUCUUGGAUGUUUCAAUGUGAUUUGAGCUCCCCCGUCGACGACUCGAAAACACUGUAUGCACGAUGGAUGUCCUAUAUAACCGCAGAAUCGACGAGACUGUCCCUGUAUACGUUGUUCUUCCUGGACUCGCAGACAUUUACGUCUUGCAACGCUCGGCCAUUAAUGUCGCCGAUGGAGCUUGGUUGGGAGCUUCCCUUUCCUAGCAGUUUAUGGGAAGCCAGGAACUCCCAGAUAUGGCUGCAGAGAGUCAAUGAGCAUUUUGGACGCUCGACUUUUACAACGGCUAGUGAUCUCUUACACGGGCCUCGCGGUCCGGCAACGACCUCUCUGUCAAUAGCUACGCAGCAACUUAUGACGGAGGCACCAAGCCCGGAACUUUUAGCGGCGCUGGAGACAUCUCCAUUUGCUGCAUUCUGCGUACUGGCGAAUUUAGAUGCUUUGGUCAGAGAUUUUACGCGGUGUUACUAUCAAAUGCCACCGAGUGCGUCCGAUCCGUCUGCAUUUCAUAUCCUCACUCAAUCCCAGAAUAAACAAAUUUACACAGCAAUACGAGCAAUUGCAAGAAUUGUCAAGGACCAGGCAUACACCAGCGACAGCCCCCAGUUCCACCCGUGGAGGACGAUCGAGCUCUUUAUCUCUUCUCUCAGGAUCAGCCUAUGCCGCCCAGAUCAGCUCUUGAUCGGAGGUAUCGUGGACAACAGCUUAAUUGCUGGGAUGGCCGCUUCCACCCAUCUGACUCAAGGGAACUACGUCGCGAUCCGACGAUCGGUACCUAUUUUACCGCAACACAUCGGCAGCGAUGAAGGCAUUUUGGCUCUUCUCAAUGACCUGUCCGGUGCACUGUCCCGUAUCUCCGGUGAAGAUCAGGAACAGGUGAUCUAUGAAGCACCGUGGACUACCGUUGCCAGCUACGGGGUUUUGCUGUGUAUCUGGGGAGCGUUGAGACGCGCGACGACUGAUAUCCGUCACCACCUGGACACGUUCAACGAACUCCCAAGAACAUCAGAAUCCUGCAUGUUAAUCUUCAACUCCCUCAUGGAGUCUGCCCUCCUCAGCCUCUCCGCUGAGAAUGAUCGAACGCCCCGAGAUCCCCGUCUCUGGUGCACGGAUCGAAGCGUUUUCGCCAGUCUGCUCGAGGAGGGUGAGUCAUUGUUUAUCAGUUUAGUGAAGAUUUUCUGUGCGCGAAGACGCCCGUGGGGAAUUGGAUCUUCCAUGCUAGCUGUGUUGGGUGAAAUCCCGGACCCUAGUCCCGUUGCGAGGGCAGACUAA